AAACUCUCUACCAGCAAAUGGGGAUUUGUGGACAAGAGGUGCAGACAGAACAGGAGAGAGUGGGAUGGCCUGGUGUAACCUACACUUGCUGAACCUUCUCUGGGCUCUAGCUGGGACCAGCAUGCAGACCCAAAGCUCAUGCUCUGUUCCCUCGGCACAGCAGCCCUUGGUUAAUGGCAUACAAGUCCUCAUGGAGAACUCUGUGACCAGCUCAGCCUACCCAAAUCCCAGCAUCUUGAUUGCCAUGAACCUGGCUGGAGCCUACAACUUGGAGGCCCAGAAGCUCCUCACUUACAGGCUUAUGGCCAGUGACACAGAUGACCUGACCAUUGGUCAGCUCGCCCUCACCAUUAUGGCCCUCACCUCCUCCUGUCGAGACCCUGGGAAUAAAGUAUCGACUCUACAGAGGCAAAUGGAAAGCUGGACCCCUUCAGGCUCCAAUGCCCAGGCUUCAACCUUCUAUGGGCCCAGUCUGGCAAUCUUGGCGCUGUGCCAGAAGAACCCUGAGAAGACCUUACCAAUAGCAGCCCGCCUUGCCAAGAUCCUAUGGAACAACUUCUCUCCCUUCAAUGUGGACACAGGAGCAAUGGUGACCUUGGCUCUGACCUGCAUGUACAACAAGAUCCCUAUAGGUUCAGAGGAAGGUUACAAAGCCCUGUUUGUUGAGGUCCUAAAUAAAACUGUGGAGCAGAUGAGCAUGAGGAUCGAAGACAACGGCAUCAUUGGAAACAUCUACAGCACUGGCCUCGCCAUGCAGGCUCUCUCCGUGACACCUAUGCAACUUAACAAACAGUGGAACUGCAGGAAGACCGUGGAUACAAUACUUUCGGAGAUUGACCAAGGGAAAUUCCACAACCCCAUGUCCAUUGCCCAGAUCCUCCCAUCCCUAAAAGGCAAAACAUACCUAGAUGUGCCCCACGUGUCUUGCAGCCCUGAGGUGCAACCCACUCCACCCAGCCAUCCCAGUCCUGUCCCCACCUUAGCUUCCAGCAUCACUGUCAUCUACACCAUAAACAACCAGCUGAGAGGCGUGGAACUGCUCUUCAAUGUGACCAUCGAAGUCAGUGUGAAAAACGGAUCAGUGUUACUUGCUGUCCUAGAGGAAGCACAGCGCAAAAGUCCCACGUUCAAAUUUGAAACCACAAUGACAUCUUGGGGCCCUGUUGUCUCUUCUAUCAACAAUAUUGCUGAAAAUGUUAAUCAUAAGACAUACUGGCAAUUCCUUAGUGGCAAAACACCUCUGAAUGAAGGAGUUGCUGACUACAAACCCUUCAACCAUGAGCAUAUCACAGCCAAUUUCACACAGUACUAAGGAGGUGGGUUCAGGCCCUACUGAACAUCUCCAAAGGAUGGCAGGAAUUUUUUCACUUCAUUUCAAAUCUAUGCAGAAAAGUGGAUAUCUAUAAUGUUACCAUAUUCCUACGAAAAGCUCGGAAACCACUAUACUGAAUAAGUGAUGUAAACUUUCCUAGCGUCUCAACAUCUAUGACUCAUCAAAAAAAAAGCCUAGCUUCUCAAGGCAAUGACUGCCCGUGAUCACUGAAACCUAGGGCGGGGGGAGGAGGGGGGCCCAGCUGAUAUCUUUGCAGAUCGUUCUGAUCUUUCUUGAUUAACCAACACACUCCUUCAUUUCCACAAAUAAAAUGAUACAUUUUAAA